AUGGCUUCCAAACGAACCCCAGUAGACAUCCCCUCCUUCGCAACAACUCAGCUCGCGCUCCUAGAAGCAGAGCUGCAGUCCGAGCUCGAAGAGAAUUCACUCUUGUUGUCGAACAGCACGCCUACGGCGCUAGCGCGUGCCGGGCUUGCGAUCACGAAUCUUACGCUGAGUAGUUUGCGGACGGGGCUGGGUGGGAAGACGGUGGUUGAGUUGGGGCUUGAUAGUGCUGUUAAGGGGAAGGGUGGUGGUGAUGAUGGGGAAUUGGGGGAGCAUGGUAUUAGGACGGGCGAUAUUGUGCUUGUGAGUGAGCAACCGGCUGGGAGUGCGAAGAAGCGAGAGGUCAAGGACCUUGAGGCCAAGGGGAGUCGAGGUGUUGUUACUAGGGUAGCCAAGACUGGUGUCUGGGUUGCGCUUGAUAACGAGGAAGAUGAUGGCGUCACGGGAUCGAAGAGACUGUGGGUUUGCAAGCUGGCAAAUGAUGUUACUUACAAGCGGAUGAACCAGACAAUAACCAGGAUGCAAAAGAUGAAAGAGGACGAAUACUCCAGCUUCCUGAGAACGCUCUUUGGUCUCACUAGCCCAUCACCAAUUGGGGAUCUGGACGACAAGAUCGAGUGGAUAGAUCCAAGUCUGAACGGUAGUCAAAAGGAAGCCAUCCAAUUUGCUCUAGCAUCAAGAGAAGUAGCUCUCAUCCACGGCCCACCCGGAACCGGCAAAACCCACACGCUUAUCGAGCUCAUUCUCCAGCUCCUCAAACAGAACCUCAGAGUCCUCGUAUGCGGCCCAUCCAACAUCUCAGUCGACAACAUAGUCGAACGCCUCGCUCCCCACAAAAUUCCCAUUGUCCGCCUUGGCCAUCCCGCUCGUCUCCUUCCUUCAGUCGUGAACCACUCUCUCGACGUCCUCACCCAGACCUCAGAUGCUGCCGCCAUCGUAAAAGACGUCCGCAAAGAAAUGGACACGAAACAAGCUUCGAUCCGCAAAACGAAGAGCGGUCGCGAGCGAAAAGCAAUCUACGGUGACCUAAAGGAGCUAAGAAAGGAGUUUAGGGAGAGAGAAAAGAAGUGCAUUGGUACGCUGAUAGGCGGGAGUAAGGUCGUUUUGGCGACGUUGCAUGGUGCUGGUGGUUUCCAGACCAAAGACGAGAAAUUUGAUGUUGUGAUUAUUGAUGAAGCUAGUCAGGCACUGGAAGCACAGUGUUGGGUGCCGUUAUUGAGAGCAAGCAAGGUUGUCUUGGCUGGUGAUCAUCUGCAAUUACCGCCUACGAUCAAGUCGUUGAAUUCGAAGACGACGAAAGCUAAGAUUAAGGAGACGAAAGGAGUGAUCAAAGGGAUGACGCUCGAGACUACGCUGUUCGACAGAUUACUCAAGCUUCAUGGAGAUGGAAUCAAGAGAAUGCUGACAACGCAGUAUCGAAUGCACGAGAAGAUCAUGAGGUUCCCUUCAGACGAGCUUUACGGAUCGAAGCUAGUGGCAGCUGAAGCUGUUAAGGUAAGAUUACUGAAAGACUUACCGUAUGAGGUUGAAGAGACCGAAGACACGAUUGAGCCAUUAAUCUUCUUCGACACUCAAGGCGGCGACUUCCCCGAAAAGAGCGAAGAAGAAGACGUCGACAAGAAAGCCGGAAAGGGAAUGAUGGGCGAGAGUAAGAGUAACGAGAUGGAAGCUGCUCUGGUGAAAAAUCAUGUGCAAAACUUGGUAGACGCUGGAGUGAAGCCAGAAGAUAUCGCCGUCAUCACACCGUACAACGCACAGCUAGCAUUGAUGUCCCGAUCCAUGAAGGAGGCCUUUCCCGGCAUCGAACUCGGCUCCGUCGACGGCUUCCAAGGCCGCGAGAAGGAAGCUGUGAUCGUGAGUCUGGUUCGCAGCAACGCAGAGAAAGAGGUCGGGUUUCUGGGCGAGAAACGGAGACUCAAUGGUACGCUCUCCUGA